AUGAUCAAAGCAAGCACUCCGGUUGUUCUAAUCCACCUCAUCGGCAUCCUGGCUCCCAUUAGAGCUUUUUCUCAGGAUAUCCUGUACCCAUUCGGGCAGGCCCAUAGGGAUUCUGAGACCUCCAAAAUGGACGACGGGAGCUCUCCAGAGCUGUUCCUGCUCAUCCCAUUCAUCUUCUUUAACGUCCCCUAUCGCUCCAUAUAUGUCAACAACAACGGCGUGAUCUCCUUCAACGUGCAGGUGAGUCAGUUCACGCCCGAGGCCUUCCCCCUCACCGACAGCCGCUCCUUCAUCGCGCCCUUUUGGACCGACGUCCACAACGGUAUCCGCGGCGAUGUGUACUACCGCGAGACCACGGAGCCUGAUAUCCUAGAAAGGGCCACCCAAGACAUCCGCAAGCACUUCAAGAACAUGGCCUCCUUCAGGGCCAUCUGGGUCUUCAUCGCAACCUGGCACCAGGUCACAUUCUAUGGAGGGAGCCAGAUCACUCCGGUGAACACCUUUCAAUGUGUGCUCAUUUCUGACGGUGUUGCAUACUUCUCCAUGUUUAACUAUGGGGAGAUAGCCUGGAGCACUGGGACUGCCAGUGGAGGAGACCCCUUGACUGGUUUGGGUGGAACUACAGCACAGUCAGGUUUCAAUGGUGGAGACAUCAGUCACUUCUUUAACCUGCCUGGGUCGCGCUCAAACGAUGUCGUCAACAUUGAGCAGACCACAAACGUCAACCAGCCCGGACGCUGGCUCUUCCGCAUUGAUACUGACCAGAUAGACCCAGCCAACGGAUGCAGCCUUAACGGGCGGUAUUAUCGGCGCGGGGAGGUCUUCUGGCUCUCGGACCAGUGCUCGCAAAGGUGCCGCUGCCUGGACCUGGACAACGAGGUGAUGUGCCAGGAGGCGCCGUGCGGGCAGCUGGAGACCUGCGAGCAGCUGGAGGGGGCGUACUACUGCCAGCCCACGCGCACCAGCACCUGCGUGGUCUUCGGCGACCCGCACUACCACACUUUCGACGGCUUCCUCUACCACUUCCAGGGCACCUGUUCCUACCUGCUGGCGCGGCCGUGCUGGGACGUCAUGGGGCUCCCCACCUUCAGCGUGGAGGCCAAGAACGAGAACCGCGGCAUGGCCACCGUCUCCUGGCUGCGGGACAUCACCGUGGAGGUGUACGGCCACCGCGUCACUCUGCCGAAGGGCAGUCUUGGCACCGUGCAGGUGGACGGUCUGCUGAAGACACUGCCGGUGCAGCUGCAGCUGGGUGCCGUGCGGGUGUACCAGUCGGGGGUGGCAGUUUCACUGGAGGCAGACUUCGGCCUGCUGGUGACGUAUGACGGGCAGCACUACGCCUCCAUCUCCCUGCCCAGCUCCUACUUCAACAACACCUGCGGCCUGUGCGGUAACUACAACGACGACCCCGCCGACGACCCCGUGCUGCCUGACGGCUCGCUGGCGGAGAGCGUGGUGGAGCUGGGCGGCGGCUGGCAUGUAGAGGACGCCGACUGGCGCUGCACCGACGGCUGCGCGUACAACUGCAGCCUCUGCGACCCCGCGGCCGAGUCCUUCUACUUCCGGCCCGACUACUGCGGCCUCAUCAACAAGACGGACGGGCCCUUCCGGGACUGCCGCAACGUGGUGGACCCCACCGCCUUCGUGUACAGCUGCGUCUACGACAUGUGCAGCAACCGCGACAACAUCACCACCCUCUGCCAGGCCAUCCAGGCCUACGCCCUGGCCUGCCAGUCCCUGGGGGUCACCAUACGGGCCUGGAGGUCCCGCUCUUUCUGUGCCCUGACGUGCCCGGAGUUCAGCCACUACCAGGUGUGCACCAGCAGCUGCCCGCCCUCCUGCUCGGACCUGACGUCCCACCUGUACUGCUCGCAUCCCUGCACGGAGGGCUGCCAGUGCAACGAGGGCUACGUCCUGAGCGGGAGCCGCUGCGUGCGGCGGGAGGACUGCGGCUGCGAGCGCGACGGCCUCUACUACCCCCGCAACGAGUCCUUCUGGGCGGGGUCGCCCGGGGGGUGCACGCAGCGCUGCGUGUGCGGCCCUGCGGGCGAGAUCGCCUGCUUCAACGACACCUGCGGCGAGGGCGAGGUGUGUGCCGCCGAGCUGGGCCGGCUGGGCUGCUACCUGCGCCGCGACGCCACCUGCUCCCUCGCCCAGACGAAGGUGCUGUCCACCUUCGACGGGGCCGGCCUCUCCUUCCCGGACGAGAACUCGUACUUCCUGCUGAAGCCCUGCGGGCCAGUGCCACCCAACGUGUCCUCGGUGGAGGUGAAGAUCGGCCGCCGGCUCGUGAACAAAGGCCCCGCCUGGAUCCGGCCAGUGGUGGCCAGGGUGGCCCACCUCGAGGUGCUGCUGGGCGGGUCCAAUUUCGACAUCGUCAGGCUGAACACAGAACCGGUCGUCCUGCCCUACGUGCACCCCAUGGAGACGCUGCUGAUCUACCGCGCCCCCGGCAACGCCACGGUGGUGGAGUGGACGGGCGUGGUCAAGGUGCGCUACACCCGCCAGGGCCUGCUCAACGUCACCCUCUCCACCCUCUUCCACAACGCCACCUGCGGUCUGUGCGGCUUCUUCAACGGCAACGCGUCAGACGACCUGCGCCUGCCCAGCGGCCGGCUGGCCGACAGCGUAGAGCUCUUCGCCGAGGGCUGGAGGGCCAUCACCGACGACCUGACCUGCAAUGGCGACUGCGAGGACCUGUACCGCGUCUGCUUGGACCUACGGCUGUACCAGAGCCCCUGGCUGUGCGGCAACAUCAACGACCCCAACAACAGCUCCUUCCUGGCCUGCCACAACGCCGUCAACCCCUCGCCCUUCUUCCGGAACUGCCUGUACAACAUGUGCAUCCGUGAGGGGAACCGAUCCGCGCUCUGCUCCUCCCUGCAGGCCUACGCCUCCGCCUGCCAGGACGCCCAGGUCAGCCUGGGGGCCUGGAGGAGUGCCACCAGCUGCCCCCUGCCCUGCCCGAAGAACAGCCGCUUCGAGGAGUGCACCACCGCCUGCCCGCAGACCUGCACCAACCUGAAGCUGGAGGUGCCGUGCCCACUGCCCUGCUUCGAGGGCUGCCAGUGCGAGGAGGGCCACGCCCUGAAGGACGGUCAGUGCAUCCCCAAGAGCGACUGUGGCUGCCUGUACCGCGGCCGGCACAUGGCCACCAACGAGACCUUCUGGAUGGACUGGGAGUGCCAGGAGCGCUGCUACUGCAACGGCACCGACAACAGCGUGUACUGCCAUUUCUCCCCGUGCCACGCCGAGGAGUACUGCAAGGAGGACAGCGGGCUGUACUUCUGCCAGCCCCGCACCGAGGCCCUGUGCGUCGCCGCCGGAUACGGCCACUUCCUGCCCUUCGCGGGGGUGCCGUUCGAGCUGCAGAGCAGCUGCACCCUGCAGCUCGUCACCACCGAGUGCGGGGGGGAGGGGGAGGGGGCGGGAGAGGAGGACUCGGACGACGGAUUCCCGCGCUUCGUGCUGUCGGCGAGGAACGAGGACCGGGACACGGGGCAGGCGAUCUGGGUGAAGGGAUACGUCCUGGAGGUGUACGAUUACGAGAUCGAGGUCUCGAGAAGUUACAAGAACACCGUCACGGUGAACAAGGAGAGGCUGUACCUGCCCCUCAAGCUGGGCCCUGGGAAAAUCAACAUCUUUACUUUCGGGCUGCAGCUCGUGCUGGAGACGGACUUCGGACUGAAGGUGGCGUUCGACUGGAACACCUUGCUCUUAGUGACUCUGCCGCGCAGCCUGUACAAUUCCACCUGCGGGCUGUGCCAGGGCGUGCCGACCACGCCGCCCCUCCUCUCCACCACCGAGUGGGGCAAGGCCUGGGCAGAGCGGGACACCUUCUGCCAGGUGGGCUGCGGAGACACCUGCCCCCGCUGCGGCCUCGUGGAGAGGGGGCUGACUGCCGAGAACGCCCUGAUGGCGGACAGCGCCAACGGCAACAACGACAACGGCAUCAACGGCAACAUCAACUACAACAACCGCUUCCACCUGGGGGGGGGGCUGUACGGCUACGUGGAGCCGGAGGCGGUGAGACUGUGCGGGCUAAUAGUGGACCGCAGGGGCGUCUUUUCCCGAUGCCACAGCAAGGUGGCGCCAGCCUACUUUUACCAGAGCUGCCUGCAAGACACCUGCUUGGACCAGGGGGCACAGGAAACAAUAUGCAAUUGGCUGCAGAUCUAUGCCAGCACCUGCCAGACGCAAGGCAUCCCCGUGAUUGGCUGGAGGAACACCACUCCCUGUGUGCUGACGUGCCCGGUGAACAGCCACUACGCCAGCUGCAUGACGGUGUGCCAGCCCCAGUGCGCCCCGGCUCGCGGUCCGCGCGACUGCAACCACUACUGCGUGGAGGGCUGCCAGUGCGACCAGGGCUACAUCAUCAACGGCAAGAGCUGCAUCCUCAGCCAGAACUGCGGCUGCUACACCGACGGCAAGUACUACGAGCCCAAGCAGCUGUUCUGGAACAGCGACUGCACCAAGCGCUGCCAGUGCAUCGGGCGCAACCUGAUCCAGUGCGACCCGCGGCGCUGCAAGGCGGAGGAGGAGUGUGCCCUGCGGCACGGCGUCCGGGGCUGCUUCGCCCGCCGCACCCAGCACUGCGUGGCCUCGGGCGGCGGCGUCUUCCGCACCUUCGACGGGGCCUCCCUGCGCCUGCCGGCCUCCUGCUCCUUCGUCCUCUCCACCAUCUGCCACAAGCUGCCCGAUAUCUCCUUCCAGAUCAUCGCCAACUUCGACAAGUGGAGCACGCCCAACCUCACCACCAUCUCCCACGCCUACCUGUACAUCAACGAGGAGAACAUCCUCAUCUCGGGCAGCACUGUCAAGGUGAACGGGACACCCGUGUCCGUGCCCUUCAUCACCGGGCUGAUGACCAGGCUCUCCACGUCGGAGGGCUUCCUGGUCAUCGACACGGUGCAGGACAUCCAGGUGCGCUACAACCGCUUCAACACCCUGACCAUCAGCAUGGGGCCCAGGCUGCAGAACAAGGUGUGUGGCCUGUGCGGCAACUUCAACGGGGACCCGACGGACGACUACAUCACGUCCCGCGGGAAGCCGGCCGUCAGCGCGCUGGAGCUGGCACAGAGCUGGAAGACUAAUGGCAUGCAGAACAGCUGCGACGAGACGCAGUACGUGGCGCUGGCGCAGUCCUGCGACAACACCGCGGUGUCGGAGCUCCAGGGGGAGGACGGCUGCCUGAAGCUCACCCAGAUGAAGGGCUUCUUCCAGCCGUGCCACGGUCUGCUGGAUCCCAGGCCGUUCUACCAGUCCUGCUACCUGGACGGGUGCUACAACCACCGCAAGGCGCAAGUGUGCGGGUCUCUGGCCGCCUACGCGGAAGCCUGCCGUUCCUUCGGUACUCUUACCACCAAGUGGAUCGCUCAAGAGAACUGCUCAGAAUGGAUCUUCGACCCCUGCGAAGGAGAAAUCUGCACUAACCACACCUGCGAGCAAGAGAACGGAGGGGACCUGUGCGGAUGCCCGGAGCUUCCCAGUACCGACAGCGCAGAGGAUGACAUGAUCCAGGCAGAGGUGACAUGCAAGCAUGCGCAAAUGGAGGUCUCCAUCUCCAAGUGCAAGCUCUUCCAGCUGGGCUUUGAGAGGGAGGAUGUGCGCAUAAACGACCAGCACUGCCCGGGUAUCGAAGGCGAGGACUUCAUCUCCUUCCACAUAAACAACACCAAGAGCCACUGUGGUUCCAUCGUGCAGUCUAACGGCACCCACAUCAUGUACAAGAACACGGUGUGGAUCGAGAGUGUGAACAACACAGGCAACGUCAUCACCCGAGACAAGACCAUCAACGUGGAGUUCUCCUGCGCCUAUGAGCUGGACAUCAAGAUUUCCCUGGACACGGUGCUUAAGCCCAUGCUGAGCGUGAUCAACCUAACUCUGCCUACUCAGGAGGGUAACUUCAUCACCAAGAUGGCCCUGUACAAGAACGCCUCGUACCGGAAUCCGUACCGCGAGGGCGAGGUGGUGCUGAGCACCCGCGACGUCCUGUUCGUGGGCGUCUUCGUGGAGGGCGCCGAUGAGCACCAGCUCAUCCUCAUCGUCAACAUGUGCUGGGCGACUCCGUCCAGAUACAGCAGCGACCGGCUCCGCUACAUCAUCAUCGAGAAAGGGUGCCCCAACAUCAAAGACAACACCAUCGGUAUGGCAGAGAACGGGGUGUCACUCACCUGCCGUUUCCAUGUCACCGUCUUCAAAUUCAUCGGGGAUUACGAUGAGGUGCACCUGCAUUGCGACGUCUCGCUCUGUGAUUCUGAGACCAACUCCUGCAAAGUGAAUUGCCCUCACAACCGGAGAACAUAUUCUGAAUACAGUGAGCGUAAGGAGCAGAUACUGACAGUUGGACCAAUCAGACGGAGAGAGUCGGACUGGUGCGAGGAGAACAACGGAGGCUGUGAGCAGAUCUGCACGAGCCGGGUGACGGGGGCGGUGUGCAGCUGUGUGACAGGGACACUGCAGCGGGACGGGAAGACCUGUCUGGCCUGGCUCAGUCACAACCUCACGCCCCCUGUCACCUACCGGCAUGCCAAUCACUCUGUGGGAGGGCCGCACGGUGCUCGAGGGGCCGGGAGGUCGCACCAGCGUGACAACGCUACUGCGCAGUCGCCCGCCACGCUAAGCCCCACUCAGCCAGGGUCCCACUGUUCCCCCGUUAACGACGCCAGCCCGGCAGAUGCUGAUGAAAUCAUGCAAACGCUGUCCUGUGUUGGCCGUGAGGAGGAGGAGGAGGAGGAGGCAACUCUCAAGGCGUAA